UUCCCCUUCUUCUCUUCUCAAAAUCUCUGCAACAAAUCUCUUCCUUUCUCGCUCCUCUUUCUCUUUAAGAACUCUCCAUUUUCUCUCUCCUCUUCCAAAUCUUCGCGCAGUUUCUCCAUACUAUGCCGGUGGUUCAUCGGACUGAUUCACCGAGCAGUGAAGCUAAAAGGGUUGUUCGCUGAUUGGUAAUUUGCCAUGGGGAUAUGUACUUCCAAGCCGCCUCCGAAGCCGAAUCCGUAUGCUCCGAGAGACCCAGAUGGUCGGAAUGAUCCGUCUCAGACGCCGAAGUCUGCGCCCACUCCUCACCGGAAGGAUGAUCUCGUCGCCGGGAAACAGUCGCCGUUCUUCCCUUUCUACAGCCCUAGUCCUGCGCACUACUUUUUGAAGAAGAAGAACAGCCAGAACUCGCCGUUGCCUGGGGGUGGCGGGACUGAGAGUGCUAGCUCCACGCCUGGUAGAUUCUUCCGGCGCUCGUUUGCUCCCCCUUCUCCGGCCAAGCAUAUUCGGGCGGUGCUUGCGCGGCGGCUUGGGAAGAAGGCGGCCUCCACGGCGGCGAUUCCGGAGGAGGGCGACGAGGAAGGUGGGAUCGAGUUGGAUAAGAGAUUUGGGUUCUCGAAAGAGCUUACGAGUAGAUUGGAAGUUGGGGAGGAGGUGGGUAGAGGGCAUUUUGGGUAUACUUGUUCUGCUAGGUUCAAGAAGGGCGAGCUUAAGGGUCAACAAGUUGCUGUCAAAGUCAUUCCCAAAGCUAAGAUGACAACAGCUAUUGCUAUUGAGGAUGUCAGAAGGGAAGUAAAAAUAUUGCGAGCCUUGACUGGGCGUACAAAUCUAGUACAAUUUUACGAAGCAUUUGAAGACCAUGAUAAUGUCUACAUUGUAAUGGAGUUGUGUGAAGGAGGAGAGCUUCUAGAUAGAAUACUUGCAAGAGGUGGAAAGUACUCAGAGGAAGAUGCAAAAGCUGUCAUGGUUCAGAUAUUGACCGUCGUUGCAUUUUGUCAUCUUCAGGGUGUUGUGCAUCGGGAUCUGAAACCCGAGAACUUCUUGUAUACAUCUAAAGAUGAGAACGCUCAGUUAAAAGCCAUAGACUUUGGCUUAUCGGAUUUCGUCAAACCAGAUGAACGACUUAACGACAUAGUUGGAAGUGCAUACUAUGUGGCCCCCGAAGUACUCCAUAGAUCUUAUGGUACAGAGGCCGAUGUGUGGAGUAUAGGUGUGAUUGCAUACAUUCUUUUAUGCGGUAGCCGCCCAUUUUGGGCCCGAACCGAGUCGGGAAUUUUUCGAGCAGUCUUGAAAGCUGAUCUAAGUUUUGACGAAGGUCCAUGGCCUUCAUUAUCUUCUGAAGCAAAGGACUUUGUCAAGCGCUUGCUAAACAAGGAUCCACGUAAACGAUUGACCGCUGCUCAAGCAUUAAGUCAUCCUUGGAUCCGGAAUCAUAACAGAGCGAAAGUUCUGAUCGACAUCCUAAUUUUUAAGCUCAUGAGAAUGUAUAUGCGGUCAUCGUCCUUGCGCAAGGCUGCUUUGCGGGCUGUAUCCAAGACAUUGACUGUAGAUGAACUCUCUUACCUAAAGGAACAGUUUGAACUGUUGGAGCCAAACAAAAAUGGCUUUAUAACUCUGGAGACAAUCAAGAUGGGUCUUAUGAAACAGGCAACCGAUGCCAUGAACGAGUCCCGGACGCUAGAUUUUCUUGCAAAUCUAAAUACACUUCAAUACAGAGGAAUGGACUUCGAAGAAUUCUGUGCAUCUGCAUUGAGCAUCCAUCAGCUAGAAGCACUCGACCGAUGGGAACAACAUGCUCGUUGCGCAUACGAAAUUUUCGAGAAGAAUGGAAAUCGGGCAAUCGUCAUCGAAGAGCUCGCUUCUGAACUCGGGCUUGGCCCAUCCAUCCCGCUCCACGUUGUUCUUCAAGAUUGGAUCAGACACACUGAUGGGAAGCUAAGCUUCCUCGGAUUUGUUAAGUUGUUGCACGGCGUGUCGAGCCGAACGCUAGCAAAGGUGUCAUGAACCACAUCGGUAACCUCGUCUCGGCUGCAAUCCGCUCAGUACAGACUAGUUUGUUCUAUUACAGCAUACAUGUGAGAUAGUGGUUGGAUCUCAAAGGGGCCUUAGAAGAGCAAGAAAAACAUGGAAGCUUACCAGCCAAAUUGUAUUUUUGGAGCAUAUUUAUGAACUUAAUUCUCAGCACCAAUUCUUUUGGGAGCUGUUUGGACCAUUUCAAAAGCUCUAUGGGCAACUUCCCCAAAAUGUUGACUUGAAGUUCCAAUAUAAAAGAAUAUGUAAUUUAUUGUUUUUUGUUUUCUUUUUACCAGAAAGGGUGAUAGCAUUGCCACUAAUGAAGGACCAUUAAUACAUAACUUCCAAUCA